UUUUCCCCCAAAUAAGACUAUUUUGCUCCUAUUUUAAAACAUAUGUAUAUUUCAUUCCAUUAUUACGCCUUCACCCGUUUACGCACAUCUUCCAAUGCGCACAACCUCUCCCCCCUUCUCUCCUGCACACAUCCUUCUCUUUCUUCCUUGCGCAUCAUCGAUCGAUUUCACCCAGACCAUCGUCGCCGCCGCCGACUUCGCCCUGCGCAUCAGAUCUACCGAGCUUUCUCUCACACCGUCGAUUUUGCCGCUGCCAUUAAGGUUCUUCUUCUUCUUCUUCCUUUUCUUCUUUUUUUUUCUUCUUCUUCCUCUUCCUCUUCAUCUUCCUCUUCUUCAUUUUUCCUCUAUUUUUCUAGAUUUGGAAUUGAAUUUUCCAAUUUUCAGACUUCUAUUUUGAUUUUCUGAUUUCUACUUUCUGAGUUUUAAAACAAAUUCUGAUUUUCAACUUUUUGGAUGAUUGCUUUGGAUUUGGCCAAGUUUAUGGCAGAAAUAAGUACAUUAACAUCAUAUUAUGGCAUAAAUGCUUUUGUAUAAAUUGGUUUUUCUGAUUUUUUUGAAUACCUUCGUUUUUCUAAUUUCCGAUUGUCCUAUGAAAAUUAUUCCCCUAAAAAAUUUAGUUGUUUUGCUCCAUAUAGGAUUAAAAGAGGGGAGAAAUUCUGAAAUAGGACCAGUUUUUUCCCCCAAAUAAGACUAUUUUGCUCCUAUUUUAAAACAUAUGUAUAUUUCAUUCCAUUAUUACGCCUUCACCCGUUUACGCACAUCUUCCAAUGCGCACAACCUCUCCCCCCUUCUCUCCUGCACACAUCCUUCUCUUUCUUCCUUGCGCAUCAUCGAUCGAUUUCACCCAGACCAUCGUCGCCGCCGCCGACUUCGCCCUGCGCAUCAGAUCUACCGAGCUUUCUCUCACACCGUCGAUUUUGCCGCUGCCAUUAAGUUUUGUGUUAAUAUUCCAACAUGAAUCUGCCAACUCUUUGCCAGAUCUGAAAUUCUUGUGUUAUGGCAAAUGUGGAUCUAAUCCUCAACUCUAAAUCUGCCAAAAUAAUGGAAGCUUUAUUCUGCCUUAAUUGUGGUGCUCAGAGGAUGGUGGCGGUGGUUGAUGGCAACGCCGGUCAGAUGGCGAUGGCAGGGAUGGUGACAACAGUAUGGGAAGCGGCGACGUCAGGGGUGGCGAUGGGUGGCAAUGAUGCGUCGGCAAGGAUGUGGCAGCUGGCGGCGACAGGCGGCGCCGUCUCUAAUGAGGGCGGAGGCAUGAUCAGGGCCGGCCCAGGGCAAGUGCAAGCAGUGCAACCGCACAGGGCCCGUAAAUUCUAAGGGCCCAAAAUUUUAAAAGUCUUCCUAUUAUUACUUAUGAACUAAUAGUGCCCAAAAAGUAAGCCCAAUGAAUCCCUAAGCCUUAUUGUAGCCAAGAGGUUUCGAACCCGGGUGGGUUGCUUACACAUACGAGUGGUGAACCAAUUCAACCGUUGGGUUGAUGUUAAAAGACUUUCAAUUAACGUUUUUAUAUCAUAGUUUUGAAUUAUAAAGCACUAUCUUAUUUCUUAUACUACGUAUUUUGUAAUCCUUAUAUUAUUCUUUUUUUUGGGUUUUAAUUCUGAGUUUGAAUGAUUUAGUGAGUAGAUAAUUAUAUUUGGAUGGUUUGUAAUAAUUGAACUCAGCAAAUCACCAAUUUCGAUUAUUAGGUUAUGAGUCUGUUAGUUUAUAAUUCCGUUUAACAAAUAAAUGAAGUGUAUUUUGUUGAGGAACACUUUUGUUUCAACUAUUUUUUUAGUGAAUAACUUGUAUUUUGAUACAAAUUAUUGUUGUAGCAAAUUAUUACAAAUAUAAUCUUCACUUACAUUAUAUGUCUACCUAUUUUUAAAAAGACAUACUUUUUAUUUUUGCACAGGGCCCGUGUUUUCUCAGGACCGGCCCUGGGCAUGAUGCGCCGGCGGGAGGUUUG